AUGGAAACCGCCAUUGCGAAGACCGUUGAGGCCGCAGAACAAACUCUUCGCAAAUUCGCCCCGCAGGAAAUGGAUGUGACCCGCGAUGCCUUUGAGAUAGUCAGCUUCGUCCUACUUCACGAACAUGACCAAUGGCAAACCCACAUCAAGGCGUUGAAGGGCCAAGAUGCAGAAGAGCUACGUGUGCAGGUGGAUGGUGUGUACGUCAAGGUCAAGGACGGCGCUUUGCCCUCGGGCGCGGACUCCACCACGCUCGUGGACCUCAUGCAAGUCAACGGGCUGAAUCGCCCUCUCAACUAUGCCAGGACAGCCUUGAAUGGCAUUCUGGCGGCACUUGAUCCCAUCUUGCGAGGCCGCACCGACUACGCCGCGUCCUACUACGUGCAUCGGCAAUGGCAGGCUGAUAAUCCCAGCCGGACAGAGGCCGCCGUCACCGGAUCAUUCGCGGAGCUUCCCCGAGAGGAGAUGUUCAAAGACUUGAUCAUCGCUAACUCCAUCCGCCUCAAGUUGAUCGACUUGCCAUGGCUGCCGGAUCAGACACGGUCCCUCCUCAGCGCUGGUGGCAUGGUAACGCGCCAGGACGUGGCUGAGAUGAAUUACCCACCAGCUUGGGAUGAGUACAUGGAGCAAGCUGGUGACGCAAUCCCUGGUACUUUCGCAGCGGUGAAAGAGAGAAUCAAGGAGCUGGCGAAGAACGUGUGA